AUGGGCAACUCAUUGUCAAAUACAGCUUUGUUUCGCCCUACGGAGCCAAGUUAUGAUGAAGAUUUAAAAGAUUUAGUAUUCAUCCCUGAAUUAUUGGGAAUAGAUGUAAAUAAAUUUUGGAAUGAUGAAACAUUUGAAAUAUUUAACAAAGAAGAGAACAUAAAAUCAUUAAAGAAUAAAAAAUUUCCUGCUUUGUUUUUAUAUUUUUCUAAAGAAUUAAAAACUAAGCAUACAAUAAUAUAUUUUCAUAGCAACUCAUGCGACUUAGGACAAAUAUAUGAAGAGUUAUUGCACUUGCAAGGUCAUUUACAUGCUAAUAUUUUAGCUAUAGAAUAUGUAGGAUUUGGUCUUUGUUAUUUAGAAGGUUCAUCAAACCAAUACAAUAUUAAUAGAAGAGCAUUAGCAGCAUAUAACUUUUUGAUAAACCUAAAUAUGAAAAGUGAAAAUAUUUUAUUAUUUGGCAGAUCAAUAGGAACUGGUGUAGCAACAAAAUUAGUGUACAAUUUAAAACUGCUUGGAAAAAAUGUAGGAGGAAUUAUUUUACAUGCUCCAUUUAUCUCAAUAGAAAAAUUAGUUGAGGAUUAUUUCUCUUAUUCUUCUUAUUUUAUUGAAAAUAUUUAUGAUAAUUUCAAAAAUUUGCAAAUAAUUAGUAACAACAAUGACUCAGAUAUUCCCCUAUUGCUAAUACAUGGAAAGGAAGAUGAAAUAAUAGGAGUAUCCCAUUCUGAAUUUUUGAUGAAAAAUUUAAAUAAUAAGUAUAAAAAUGCUUCCUAUCCAAAUGAUUCUUAUCAUAAUUAUUACUAUGUAAUUGAUGAUCUUGGGAUACCUAUCAAAACAUUUUUAGAGACAUCAAGUAAAUCUCAAUAUCAAAAAAGCAUUGAUAUUGUUAUACCUAAAGUCUUCUUACAAAAAGAAACUACAAAAGAGAUAAUUAAUCAUUUAAAUGAAAAUACGACUGAAGAAAAAUUGGAAAAAAAAAUAAAAAUUUCUGAUGAUAUAUUAUUAUCACAACAUAUAAAGGGAGGAGAAAAAAAAACAGUUUCUAUAAUAAAAGAUGAUAAAAAUAACAGUGGUUCAUCAGUAAAAAGAAGUCAUAUGGGAGAAAGUUCAAAGAAAAAUAAGACAAAAAAUAAUAAAGAAAAAUCUAUAAAUAAAUCAGAAAAAAAAAAUAUAGGUAUUUCAUUAAGUGGACCAUAUAAAGAAAAAAAUAGAACAAGGAACCAACAAAAGGACUCUAAUCAAAAAAUUUUGAAAAGUGAAAUCCCAAAACUAAAAAAAGAUAAUGAAUUAAAUUAUAAAAGCAUGUUAUUUUCAGCAAAUGAUAAGAACCUAACGACAAACAUAAAAAAAGAAAGAAAACUUGAUAUUUUAAGCAGCACAUUACCAAAAAAUACUGUACAAGAAAAAGACAAGGCAAAAGAUAGUGAUAGCACCUUUAAAGAAAAAAUAAAAAAUGAAAAAAGAAAAGUAGAUAUAAUAGAAUAUACAAUAUCUUCAAGAAUACAAAUAAGAAAUAAAAAUGAUCACAUAGAAAAUGAAUGCAAAAUAGAAAAAUAUGAAGAAAAAAGAGAAAAUAGAUUUACAAAGAAAGAUAAAGAAUUAAAUAGUGAAGAAGAAAAUACUAACGAAAUGUAUAUAAAUAAACAAUAUUUUGAUGAAAUGUAUGUAAACGAAGAAUAUCUUGAAAAGGAUGUUACAAAAAAAAAUGAUAUUAAAAAAAUGUAUGAGAAAGAAGGAAAUAUUGAAGAAAUAUUCGAAACAGAAGAAAAUAAUAUGGAGGAAUUUGAAAAAAAAAAUAGAGAUAUGGAAUAUAAAAAUGUAAAAAAAUAUGAAAAAGAAGAAAAUGAAGAAUAUGAUUCUCAGAAAGAAGGAAGUAAGGAAUAUGGGUAUGAAAAAGAGGAAGGUGAGAAGUAUGAAUAUGAAAAAGAAGGAAAUGAAGAAUAUGAAUAUAAAAAAGAAGGAAAUAAAGAACAAAAUUAUAAAAAAGAAGAAAAUAAGGAAGAUUAUGGAAUAAACACAAAUAUUGAGAAUGAGAAAAUAUAUGAAAUGGAAAAAGAUAGUGAUAUAAAAUAUAAAAAGGAUAAAAAUAAAAUUGAAGAAAAGAGAGAAGAUAGUGAAGCACAAGAAGAUGGAGAAAAUGAAAAUUUCAAUAUUAACAAUUAUAAAGUGAAAGAUUUCAAAUACUAUCUAAAAAAUAAUAUUAUUAACAAAGAAAAAAUAGGAUGCUUUAUGAACAAAGUAAUUAAUAAUUUAAAUGGGAAAAAUUAA